GUAGCCAACCUAAGCUUCCUGUCACCCUGCCAUGGACUGUGCGGCGUGGGCCCAGCUCCUGACUAAUGGAACAAAAGUCCUCGUUGGGUCAACAGAAGAAGAAGUUUAAACGUAAGCUGAAGGUGACGCUGAAGUCUAAGAAAUCUAAGAAAAAUAUAAUUAAGAGGUCAAAUGACUCCGAAAAAUUGAAUCCUGUCUGUUUGUGCAGUCCUAAUUUUAAAACUAGAGAAGAUAAAGAUAAGCAGCUUUCGGAUUUGAAUUUAGAUAUUUUAGAUGUAGACAAAGGCCGAGGUCCAGUUCAAAAGCGAGCAGACCUUGUUCAGACAAACUGCCCAACGUACGACUCAUUACUUCACCAGAGACCAACAAACCAGACCCUAGACUGUCAUAAACAGGCAAACUACGUUAUAGAUCGACUCGGGAAUGACAUCUCUUCAACUCCAACUAGAAGGUCUACUCAAACUAAAAACAUAAAUAGUGUUGUUAAUAAUACAAAAUCAAGACAGCUUAAAAGAGAAAAGAUGAAUGCGUUAGUGGUCCGACCGAAUAAAGCUGUGAGCACAAGAAUCACCAACCCCUUACUUCCAUCUGAAUCCCACCGGCAGUCGCUGCCGCCUCCCACAAUCCAGCGUCCUAACCGCGGGGAGUUAUACUUCAAGUGUUUCGACCAGCUGGUCCAGGCGUACGACAAACUUCCUGGCGAAUUUGGCGACGAUUCAUCCUCACACGACGAAACUACAAACUACGGAAACGUUGCUUUGGCAAGGGUCAGGAGAUUUGGUUACGAGUCCGGGUCGUCAAAAAUCGGGGCAAGACCUCUCGCAAACCAAACGGUGUGCAGAGAUAGGUUUAUGGACAAAGUUCUCGCGCCACAACAACGGGACUUGGGAGACCGCUAUAUUCCCCCACUGUCUUCCCCCCACACUGUGACUCCCACUGUGAGGGAUAAAGACGAGUCUCUCCACAUAGUACAAGGUAAGGUCUCCGAACAGCAGCCGGUGACAGCAGCAAACAACUCUCGGAGAGCAGGGACACUCCGAGACUACAGCUCUACGUGUAUAUCAGCCUUUCGCGAGAGGACGAAAGUACCGGAGAUCUCUCCUCUAAAGACAAAACACAUGGACAGCAGAAUCUACCACAAGGACGACGUCAAUGCGGAGGAGUUCAAGGAGGGGAGAAACCUCAUGGGUUCAUCAGGAGAGGGCAAAGGUCAGAGUGAUGAUUUCGAGGAGUAUAAAGUUGAUUUCAACAUGAUAGGUUCUAAAAACUCCAAGAUAUGGCAGAAGAGACAACAGCGGGCGGCAGAACAAAAGCUGAAAUGCAACAUGCCGAGAUUUCAGGCUUCAACAUGGCCUGUCAGAAUAGGCCUACCCAGUCAUGUAGAUGUUUCUCUCCCUGUCCCAAAACCCACACAGGACAAACAGGUCGACGACAUCGUGUUUCCGCCAUUCUCCCUGCUCCCAGGUUGCAAAAAAAGACAGCAGACGCACAGAGGCAAUGACAUCCGGAAUUCCAAAUCGUCGUCCGAGUUGACGAGUUCCUUACAGCCUGGCGGAUUGGUCGACACCAUAAUGGCGGAGGCAGAUCACGGGAUACGCCUUGGCAGAGCUUCCAGGAAGAAGUCUAAAAAAAGGCGCCUGGUCACCAAGACUUUGAGGGUGAACCUGGGCCUGGGGCAGGGUCCGCGCGUAGACUCCGUGGUCAGACAUGUCCAGCAAGAGUGCCAGGUCAAAGGUUACGAGAUCCUGCGACGUCUGCAGCGGGUAGACUUCCGGGAACACUGUCACGUGUCAUUGGCCAAUAACAGGAACAACCCGCGCUUCUCUCCGGUGGAGAUAACCGUGUACCGGAAGCCGUGCGCGGAGUUCACCAGCAGCCUGAUGACCAUGGAGGGCGGCAGGGACGACAAGCGAUACUCGCACAGACAAGUCGUGAUUAUCCCCCCUCACGCCAACCUGGUGAAGAUAUCAACUGCACCAACGUCCUUGUGACAGACGACCUUCAGGUCAAACUUACAGCGUAUGGUCCCUGUUGUCAGCGCAUGAUGGCCGCCUCUCGUUGUAUCCGCAACCACUGCAACAUGAAGGGAGAGCACUUUGACGCCUACACGCCCCCGGAGCUGCUCAACAAACGGGAGGUCUGGAAGCGAACCUCGGACAUCUGGUGUCUGGGCGUGACGCUGUUGAACAUGUUGCUUGGGCACGUGCCACCGGAAGUCACGGCAGUUAUCCGGUUAAACUUCUCCGCGAAGAACGUCUCCAAGUACAACCUUGCCAGUUUAGGAUACCAGGUCACUCUUCUCCUUGACAACAUCCUGCACGUGCGACCCAACUCACGACCUAACGUGUGGCAAGUACUCAACCACGCCUGGUUGGCUGACGGUUCCCGCUACGUCAAUCGCAUCCAACCCAGGGAAGCCAAGGUCCACGUCAAACGGACGGACGGGAAAAGUUUCCCUCUGCCAAAGCGAGUGAGCAAAAGCAGCGCGGACCCCGCCGACUUCUACAUGAUGGAAACUGACACCACGAGCCACUCCACGUCACCGGAGGUGCCCGGUGCUGCUACUACUCCCCCGCAACGAGAGACUGCGGAGCGAGGCAAAGACGAAGACAUGCCGAGCCAAACGAAAACUGCUGAUGUCAUCAACAAUAUUGUCCACAAUAAGACUCCACGCGACCAGCUUGCUGGGUUCAAAGAUAUUAGCGUCACAAUGAAAUAUAAAAACGUAUCCGAGGAUGAUGAAAAUUACGGAGCUUGUCAAAAGUCGAAAAGAUCGGAUUGCGACCCUGAAAAGUCGAAUUCAGCUGAGUGCAAGACGUGUCCACUUUUGGCAAUAUCGAACGGAUCAGAUCAGAUUGAGCAAUGUUCGAUUUCGAACGAGUCUUUCGUGUCAUCGGACAGUUUUAACUUCUGGAAAAACGCAUGGACUCCAAGAGACGAGGUUUGCGUCGACACUGAUGAAAUGACGUGUUUGGAUCAGAAUUCUGGCUCUCAUAGCUCUCUGUGCAGUGCAGAGUUUGAAGAUGAUGAGAAAACAGGAGACAGAGUUGACGGGGGGAGACAAGCGAAUCUAGCUUACCACGCUGGACAAGAUAACCCUGCGUGCUGCACUGAGAAGGCACAGGAGGUGAACGUGCGUGAAAAUGUUGAUUUAAGUUUUGAGGGUGCGAAAAGGUGGGAAAGAUGUGAGCUGCUGAGAUGGGCUCCAGAUAAUCACAUCGGUGACGGUUGCCGUGAGGGAGGCUGUUGUGAAUGGGAAAACAAAGGUAUCGGUAGUAUCAGCAGCAACGACAGCAGCAGCGACAAUUUUAGACCCCAACGACACGACUCAAACAACGCUUGUGCUGCGAUGCCGCUUUGCUUCGAGAACGAGAUCAACGACGAGACUGGCGGUAGAUUUAGAGAUAAAUAUUUGAGCGGCGGAGACGCUUUACCGGACAAAGACGUGAAUCGAUCAGAUCUCAUCGGGAAGGUAAGAGACGGUAGCUUCGAGAACGAUCUACACGUAGACUUAGGUGUAGAAACAAGGCGGGGAAUUGAAAACGGCAGCGGAACUUUGCUCAACAGAAGUGAACAGAGCGAGAUGAUGCCGGGAGAAGUGGGUGUGGUGAGGCUGAUGAAGAAGCCCCCGCCUUUCCCAGGCCCUCAGGCUUUGCGGAAAUGUUGGUCACUGACCAAAAAGGAGCCCGGCAGACUUUGUAGAGCUGUGCUGAAUAGUAACAAGAGACUGUAAAACUUAAAAUACGACACGAGAUAAUCCAAUUGUGUAUGUUAGCAUGUACAUUAUAUGUGUGUGUGUGUGUGUGUGUGUGUGUGUG